GACGAAGCUAUUGUCAGGACAUGACUUGUUGAGUGGCCGGUGUGGGUUUUGUAACUGUAAACUAACGUUUAAUUCCCACGAUGUUAGCUUCUAGACGUAUCUGUACCAGCAAUAUGAUCUCUGCUCUCCGUGUACUUCGCUGUAAUCAAGUAGCCCUCGCUGGUCAGAUGCAGAGAUGUAUGUCCACGCAAACAGAUGGAGAGAUCCGCAUCGCAAAAAUACUGAAAGAGAAGUUUCCGUUAGCUUCAUCGCUCAAAGUUUUGGAUAUAUCAGGUGGCUGUGGGGCCAUGUAUGAGAUUCAUAUAGAAUCCAGUGAGUUCAAAGGAAAAAGGACUGUUCAGCAACACCAGCUAGUAAAUCAGGCACUCAAGGAAGAGAUUCAAGGAAUGCACGGCCUGCGAAUAUUUACUGAUGUCCCAAAACAGUAGACGAAGACCUCUUGACCGACAAUGUUUUCCUUUGUUCACAGAUUAAAAAUAUGAAUGUACAACAAUGCACUAUGUUACGCACAGAUAAUGUGAAAUGUAUGUCAGAUUACAAUAAGCUUUUUUUUCUGAAACUUACAAGAUAUUUCCUACUGGUACAUAAUAUAUAAAACCAGUGAAGGCUGUGAUACGCACAAAAUGCCAAAUGACUACAAAUGUUAGUCUGGCAUCAAGUCAUGUAAGAUGCUUUCCUAUCUGGGGUGUCUUCUCAGGUUUAAUGGUGAUGUAAAGCAGGCUUUCUAGAGAGUAAAAGACCCAGUCAUCAUGACUAGGAAAGAAUAGCUAAAGACCCUUGCUUUAAACUUACGAAAUAAUCUGCUUAAGCAUUAAUUUGCAUUGCUGCUGACAAUUUGACCACAAUUUGUGUAUUGCUGUCAUUUAAAAACUUUGUGUUUUUAAAUUGGUUCCUAACAUUACAUGAACCUUGUGUUUUUGUUCAUUAAGCAUACUUAAUGGAAGCUGAUAUAAAAAAUUCAGAUGGUUAGUUUGAAUACUUUUAUGAUCAAAAAUCUAUUUCAAGAUUUAAAAUGGUGUUACUCAGAUAUGUGAAAUUCUUGCUUUGUUGGUCCAGUAGUCCAAAAAAAAAAAAAAAAAAGAUCAAAUUACAAUGCAAUAAUACAGGCAUGUUAAGAAAAAAUACAAUAUCCAAUAAGUUACAACAAAUAAAAUACUUCAGAAAUA